UCCACACUGGUUUGAAGUCCUUGAAUGUAAUAAGUGUGGCAGAACCUUUUUUAUGAAUUCCAUCCUCAUUAUACAUCAAAGAACCCGCACAGGGGAGAAACCCUAUGGAUGCAAAGAAUGUGAGAAGUCCUUCUACAAAAAGUCAGCCCUGACUAAACAUCAAAAGACACACACAGGGGAGAAGCCACAUGAAUGUAAUGAGUGUGGGAAAGCCUUCCACUUGAAAUCAACCUUAAUCACACACCAGAGAAGUCAUACUGGAGAGAAAUCCUUUAAAUGUAAUGAAUGUGAAAAAUCAUUCUAUGUGAAGUCACUUCUUAAUAUUCAUCAGAGAAAUAACACUGAAAAGAAACCCCAUGUAUGUAAUGAAUGUGGGAAAGCCUUUUCUAUAAGGUCAAACCUCACUGACCACCAGAGGACACAUUCAAAAGAGAAACCCUAUGAAUGUAAUGAAUUCCAGAAGACCUUUCGGCAUAAGUCAACCUUAACUGUUCACCAGAAAACUCAUACAGGAAAGAAACCAUAUGAAUGCAAUGAAUGUGGGAAGUCCUACAUGAAGUCAGCCCUCAGUCAACACCAGAGAAUACACACAGGGGAGAAGCCUUAUGAAUGUAAGGAAUGUGAGAAACCCUUCCAGAAGUCACAUCUCAUUGAACACCAGAGAACACACACUGGGGAGAAGCCCUGUGAAUGUAAUAAGUGUGGGAAAUCUUUCUGUUACAAGUCAGUCCCAACUAUACAUCAGAGAACUCAGAAGAUAAACCCUAUAAAUGUAGUGAAUGUGAGAAAUCUUUUUGUAUGAAAUCACACCUCACUGUGCAUCAAAGAACUCACACCGGGAAGAACAUCUUUGAAUGUAAUGAAUGUGGGAAAACUUUUUAUGUGAAGUCAAACCUCAUUAACCACCAGAGAACUCACACAAGAGAGAAGCCCUAUGAAUGCAAGAGAUGCAGAAAUUCCUUCUGUGUGAAGUCAGCCCUCACCGUACAUCAGCGAACACAUACAGGGAGA